CAGGGAAAGGUAAGAAAGAAAACAGAAGGUCCAUUUUGAAUAUUAAUAUAUAUAUAUUUUUGUGUAGUUAGAUAGAUAAAUGAAACAAGAAGAAGAGAAGGUGUUGUUGUGUAUAUGGUAUUGUUGUUAACUUUUGUUAUGCUACUUUCCUUCAACCACAAUCUCUCUUUCUCUCUCCCACCACCACCCAUUCAUCUUUUUCUCUCUCUUCAUCUCUCUCCCUCAUUCUCCUCCUCAAUCUCAUCACCAUAACCAUCUUCCUCUUUUCUUUAACCCAUCAAUCCCUUCAAAACCCAUAAGUUUCCUCUCUCUCUCUCAUCAAUCAAACCUUGUUUGAAGAAGAUAAUAUGAGUUUCUUGUGAGAAAAAAAAAAGAGAAAAACUUGAAAGGUUUUUUUCUUAGAUUUAUCAAUUUUUGCAUUUUUUUUGGCAGAUUUGAUUUUGUGGGUUGUUUUAGAAUUUGAAAAAGAUUGAACCUGUGAAGAUGGGUCGAGGAGGUGCAACAACUGCUGCGGCGGCGGUUGAACCGGUUUUUUUCAAAGAACCGAGAUACAGAGGGGUUAGAAAAAGACCGUGGGGACGGUUCGCGGCUGAGAUCAGAGAUCCUUUGAAGAAAGCAAGGGUUUGGCUUGGAACCUUUGAUACGGCUGAAGAGGCCGCGCGUGCGUACGACACCGCCGCCAGAAAUCUCCGGGGAGCGAAAGCCAAGACUAAUUUUCCUCUUCAACAGCCUUUUUAUCAAAAUCCUGAAGCCGGAAAUCCGUUCGGCGAAUUAAGAUUCUACGCCGGUGCGGGUGCCGGUGCCGGAGAUGGUUAUCAGGAUCAUCGGAGACCUACAUCUAGUGGUAUGAGCAGUACUGUCGAGUCCUUCAGCGGUCCACGUCCGGUGAGACCACCGAUACCGCCGUCUGUUGUUACUGGUAGACGAUACCCGAGAACACCGCCGGUGGCUCCUGAAGACUGCCGUAGCGACUGCGAUUCAUCAUCAUCGGUUGUCGACGAUGCCGACAACGACAACGCGGCUUCAUCUACGAUGCUUUCGUUUAAACGUCAGCCGCUGCCGUUUGAUCUGAACGCGCCGCCACUGGAGGACGCUGAUGCUGACGUGGCCAUCGGACUUGGUGAGGAUCUGCACUGCACUCUUCUCUGCCUCUAAUGAAUAUUGAGAUCUGUGAUGUAUUGGAUCGUGAAGAAAAUUAUGAAUUUUUUUACUUUAAUUUUUUGCUUUUUCUUUUUUCCCCUUUUUUUUAUUAUGCGGAAAAAAUGAAAAUGAAGAUGAAAUUUAUGAUUGAUGAUCGGUUAUGAGAUUAUGGGUAAUAUAAUCUUAAUUUCUGUGAGAGUUUGUCUUCUCUUCUGCUUUGAUGUAUGAAAAAAAGGCUAUAUUAUAUAUCAUCAUAAUUUUAUUUUC